AUGGCGGUGGCACGGAAAAUCAAAACUUUGUUGACGGUCAACAUCUUGGUCUUCGUGGGGAUCAUCCUCUUCUCCGUCUACUGCAGGAUCCAGGAUCGUUCCCAGGAGCUGGUGCAGAUUGUCCGGAGCGCGGACCGACGUGUCAGGAGCCGAGGAGCUAAGGUGGGCAGCCUGGCUGACAGGGAGUCCAUCCUGCAGCGCCUGGACCACCUGGAGGAAGUGGUCUACAACCAGCUAAAUGGCCUUGCAAAGCCUAUGGGAUUAGUUGAAGGUCCAGGAGGCUUGGGCCAGGGGGGAAUGGCUGCUACCCUAAGAGACGAUAGCCAUGAAUCGGAGACUAAAUAUGAAGAAUAUGGUUACAAUGCCCAGCUCAGUGACAGGAUAUCUCUCGACAGGUCCAUCCCUGACUACAGACCAAAAAAGUGCAAGCAGAUGACCUACACAGAUGACCUGCCCCAGAUCUCUGUGGUCUUUAUAUUUGUUAAUGAGGCACUGUCUGUCAUCCUGCGCUCUGUGCACAGUGUUGUGAAUCACACCCCCUCACAUCUGCUCAAGGAGAUCAUUCUGGUGGAUGACAACAGUGACAAUGUUGAGCUCAAAUUUAACCUGGACCAGUAUGUCAAUAAAAGAUACCCAGGUCUGGUGAAAAUAGUGCGCAAUAACAAACGAGAGGGACUGAUUCGAGCCAGAAUCCAAGGCUGGAAAGCUGCAACCUCUCCUGUUGUUGGGUUUUUUGAUGCUCACGUGGAAUUCAACAUUGGCUGGGUGGAACCUGCACUUACCCGUAUCAAAGAAGACAGAAAGCGGAUCAUCUUGCCAGCAAUUGACAACAUCAAGUACAACACUUUUGAAGUGCAGCAAUACGCCAAUGCAGCCCAUGGCUACAACUGGGGCCUCUGGUGCAUGUACAUCAUCCCUCCACAGGACUGGCUCGAUAAAGGGGACGAGUCAGCACCCAUCAGGACACCAGCCAUGAUUGGAUGCUCAUUUGUAGUAGACCGAGAGUAUUUUGGUGAGAUUGGCUUGCUUGACCCUGGCAUGGAGGUCUAUGGAGGAGAAAACAUUGAAUUAGGCAUGAGGGUCUGGCAAUGUGGAGGAAGUAUGGAGGUGCUACCCUGCUCUCGUGUGGCACACAUCGAACGCACAAAGAAGCCCUACAACAAUGACAUCGAUUACUAUGCAAAGCGCAACGCCCUUCGGGCCGCAGAGGUCUGGAUGGAUGACUUCAAGUCCCAUGUUUACAUGGCGUGGAACAUCCCCAUGGCAAACCCUGGAGUUGAUUUUGGAGAUGUUUCUGAAAGAAUAGCUCUACGACAGAGACUGCAGUGCCGGAGUUUUAAGUGGUACUUGGAGAAUGUCUAUCCUGAAAUGAGAGUCUAUAAUAACACAGUCACUUAUGGAGAGGUGCGUAACAGCAAAGCCAGUGGCUACUGCUUAGAUCAGGGAGCUGAAGAGGAUGAUAAAGCAAUCCUUUAUCCAUGCCAUGGAAUGUCCUCUCAGCUCGUUCGCUACAGCUCUGAUGGUGUCCUGCAGCUGGGGCCGCUGGGCUCCACAGCCUUCCUGCCUGACUCCAAAUGCCUUGUUGAUGAUGGGAAGGGCAGGACGCCGACUCUGAAGAAGUGUGAAGAUGUCCUGAGACCAGCACAGAGGUUCUGGGAUUUUACGCAGAAUGGUCCAAUCAUCAGCAGAGACACUGGCCGUUGUCUAGAAGUGGAAAUGUCAAAGGAUGCAAAUUUUGGGCUCAGAUUAGUUGUACAAAGGUGCUCGGGGCAAAAAUGGAUGAUUAGAAACUGGAUAAAACACGGCCGACAUUGAUUGCUGGGGCUGAGAGGCUGCUUCUCCUGCCAUUGCCCAUUGCUCAGUGUGCCAUAUCUUGCAAGGCAUUUGUCCUAAAGCAAACUAGUUUGAACAGGACUUGGAUCUAAACUCCAUAGUUGAGCAAUCAAUGGAGGAAAAAAAAGAGGAAGAAAAAAAAAGCAAAUACAUACAUGCUCUCUUUGACUAUUUCUUGCUACAAUAGACAACCUGGGAAGCUUAAGAAAAGUUUUCUGCUUAUUUGGAAGUCUUGGGAAGAUCAGAAGACUCAGAAAAGUGUGUUCCUAAGCUCUCCUAGGAGAAUUAAUAGACAGAUGUUUCUAUGAGUUGAGAGAUCCCAAUACUGCCUCAUAAAGAGAGUUCUCUGAUGGGUAGCUUUUUAGCUUUAAGUUAUUGACUGGUGCACAAAUCCUAUGGUGAAUAAUCAUGUGCCUUUUUUAUUGUACUUCGUAUACGAGAGGACUGGAAAAAUCCUACCUUUUCAGCAUGUCUGGCUCAUUGUACUAAAACGAAGACCUGUAAAUAACACUGGUAAACAUGAUACAAUAUAUGAGAAAUUUCAAGGUUGAUUGUUUAGGAGUCUCUAUCUCUAGAAAGAGACUAUUCUGCAUAUGUUUACAGGUGGUUCUCAACCUUCACGCUGCUAAAAGGCGGCAUUUUAGAGACCUCUUCCAUAGACACAGAUAAACGUUGAAUAGGUAAAAUAACCACGUUCCAUUGUAUUGCCACAUUUUACAUUUCUUGACUGUAAAGGAGUCACAAUAUAGCACUUGCAUAUUUAACUCUUUAGAGGCAGUAAAUGUAUGGGUGGAUAUGGAGAGGCCUCUGCUGGCCUUCAAGCCCCAAGUACAGGUUCAAGGCUCCCAUCCUGCAGGGCUGUGCCUGCAGGUACACUUGGUGUUGUUCCAGCGACCGUCUGGAAGCCGGAGGCAGGGAACACUGGAUGCUCGUUACUUCUGCAAAUAAGGUGACUUAGUUGCCAACUGUGGAAUUCAGCAAUUUGAAGCUUCCAUUUUGUUGCCCAUCUUGUGAAAAUGUCAAAUGUGAGCAAACAUGCUUUGUGAGCACUGUCUAGACAAAUUUCCUGAACAAACCAACAGAGGCUUUUCAGUAUUUGAAAACAAACACAAACCUAGUGCUACGAGAAGAAGUUCGAGCAGGCAUGAACUAGGCAGCUUAUAUAAGAAACGUUACUCUGAAAUAUAGAUAUUUUACUGUAUUUGACCUGAUGACAGCAUAUCUGUGAACCUGCAUUUAAUAAUGUAUCCAGUGGCUCAUUGAAGCCUUGCCCAAGAGGCGGUCAGAGCCGAUGACCACAGCCAUGGUCAGCAGGCUUUGGGUGCGGGUCAACGACAGACGGCUUUUCACUGCAGUAAAUUCAGUCACACUGAAUGACAGAGACAGCAUCUUAACUUUGUUGUUUAAUAUUUUAUAGUACUUUUAAAAAAGGUUUUGUUUUGUUUUACUGAGCUAGGAAAAUAGGUAAUUGCAGACACUGCAGUACCAUAAAUCUUGGUGAUCUGUUUCUUGAAGAGCUUUUGCCGUUCCUAUUUCAAGGCAUGCUGAACAAAAUAAAUUGGAAACAAAGUUAAUUUUUCAAGGGCAUGGUAUGUAAUAAAAUAUUUACUUUUAACAUGCAAAUUCCAUCAGUUGUUGUCAACUCUUGGUUGGCAUCCAGAGAGCACAUCACCAUAUUUUGCCCCAUUUUAUUUUUGCAAUUGUGUGUACAAUAUGUAAUACAAAGUCUGGAUUUUAAUUUUUUUUUAAUUUUUUUUUUUUUGGUGGCUAAUAGCUUAUCUUUAUUUAUGUCACAUGCACCAGGUUAUGCAUGAAUAUAUACAAAAGAAUAAUUAUGGCUGAGGUUCUAAUAUAAAAAUGGUUUAAAUUCUGCAUUUAUGGUUACUUGACCUCUAGAACAGCGUGCAGGGAGGGGUAACAUCUUGAAUUAAUCAAGCAUUACAUUAAAAUCAUGGAUGGGCUCAGUACUCAAUCCUUCUUGCAGGGCUGAAACAGAGGUAGGAAGAUUCAGGCUAAAUAUAGAUUGGGAGCAGUUGCCCUGCAUUUAACCUCAUUAUGUUAAUCUACCAGACAAUUAAAAAAGCCAGUCACCGUCUACAAGGCAGGUGUUGAAUUCUUGGUAUAGAACUUCUAUUUGUAAGUGACUUUUGAUCUUCUCUCAGAUACAAUUUAAAAGGGGAAAACCCUAUGGAAGUUUUAUUUCUUCUUUUGUUUAUUCUAACAGAGUGUUAUGGCAUGGCUGAGGGAGACAGGAAGACAGAAGGGAAAGUUACUUUUACCUGGUGAGUUCUGGGGGGAGCAAAGUGGCAAGUUGUUCACGCCUUGUGUAGUCUUUCAGUUAAACACAGCUAACUGUGAAGGUGGCACAAAGGUGAAAAUAGUUAUAUGUGUGCAUACAGUGUGGCAGCUCGAUGCCUCACUCCUAGGAAUGUAAAGUUACUGCACCCAACAGAAGCGAAUGUGCUACAUGUUGGUUGUGUUUUUUUCUUGACAAAUGGUCAAUCUAGACUUGAUCCUUGGUUAGCAAUAGGGCAGCAAGCUUUUCAACCCUUUGCCCAGGAAAAAGGAGAAA